CCUGCAGGGUCCUGCCCUCUCCCGCCCGGGCUCUCCCGGGAUCUGCAGUAGCGGCCAGUGACGAGUGAGUGUGUGUUCGCCUUGAUUGGCCUCAUACUUCAUCCACAGCGUGUAUGUGAGCGUGGGGUGCGUGUGGUGUGUGCUGGAGGGCAGAAGAGGAGGGGCGAGACUGCUCUGGUCUGCGCCUGGAGGUCAGCCUCACUCAGCCAGCGGCUCUGCGGCCCCCUGACCCCUUUGGUGCGGAGCCCCAACAUGAAGUCCCCCUGGAAAGUGCUUCUGGCGGCUCCUCUGCUCCUUCUCCUGCCUUUUCUCACCUCGGCCCCUGCGGCCCAUGAUGACGGGCCCGGCGCCAGGCCCUCCCGCGGGCACAGCUGUGUGGGCUGUGUGCUGGUGGUGUCUGUGAUCGAACAGCUGGCUCAGGUCCACAACUCCACGGUCCAGGCCUCCAUGGAGAGGCUGUGCAGCUACCUGCCAGAAAAGCUGUUCUUAAAAGCCACCUGCUACCUAGUGGUCCGCACAUUUGGACCAGAUAUCAUCAAACUGCUCAGCGCUGAUAUGAAUGCUGACGUGGUGUGUCACACACUGAAGUUCUGUCACCAGGGCCCGGGCCAGCCACUGUGUCACCUCUACCCACUCCCCAAGGAGGCGUGGAAAUCCACCCUGGAGAAGGCAAGGCAGAUCGUCAAGAAACCCCCACCUCUGAAAUAUUCCAGAGGUGGUUCUGAUAUUUGUUCCCUCCCAUUUCUGGCAAAGGUCUGUCAGGAGAUUAAGCGAGCUAUAAAGAACGCGGUGCCAUUCAGAGAUGGCGAUUCGGACAAUUACAGUGUUUCCCCGACCCUGCGUGGUUACCACUGGCGAGGGAGAGACUGCAAUGACAGCGACGAGAUGGCUUACCCCGGCAGAAGGCCGGACCACUGGGAUGUGCAUCGGGAUUCCAACUGCAACGGCAUCUGGGGUGUUGAUCCAAAAGACGGAAUCCCCUAUGAGAAGAAGUUCUGUGAAGGGUCAGAGCCCAGGGGAAUCGUGCUGCUGGGAGACUCGGCCGGGGCUCAUUUCCACAUCCCUCCGGAGUGGCUCACGGCUUCGCUGAUGUCCUUGAAAUCCUUCUUCAACUUACCAACAGCACUUACCGAUGAGCUUGACUGGCCCCAACUUUCUGGUGCUACUGGAUUUCUGAACGCCACUAGCAGAAUUAAAGAAAACUCUAUCUACCUUCGUCUACGGAAAAGAAACCACUGCAAUCACCGGGACUACCAGAAUAUUUCAAAAAACGGUGCAUCUUCCCAAAACCUGGAGACAUUCCUAGAAAGUUUGUCUAGGAACCCACUGUUGGACCACCCGGCCAUCGUCAUAUAUGCCAUGAUUGGAAACGACGUCUGCAAUGGGAAGAGUGACCCGGUCCCAGAAAUGACCACUCCUGAGCAAUUCUAUUCCAAGGUCAUGGAGACGCUGAAGUACCUGAACGCCCGCCUGCCGAAUGGCAGCCACGUGAUCUUGUACGGCUUACCAGACGGGACCUUUCUCUGGGAUAAUCUGCACAACAGAUACCAUCCUCUCGGCCAGCUGAACAGGGACGUGACCUACGGGCAGUUGUACGCCUUCCUGAGCUGCCUUCAGGUCAGCCCCUGCUCCGGCUGGAUGACAGCCAACGAGACCCUCCAGACACUCACCUCACAGAGAGCAGCACAGCUCUCCAAUACACUGAAGAAGAUUGCCACCAGCCAGAAAUUCACCAGCUUCCAUCUGUACUAUGUGGAUUUUGACUUCCAAGAAAUCGUGAAGAAGUGGCAGAAGAGAGGCGGGCAGCCCUGGCAGCUCCUUGAACCCGUGGAUGGAUUCCACCCCAAUGAGGUGGCGUCACUGCUGCUGGUAGAUGGCUUGUGGGACAAGUUGCGGCUGCAAUGGCCCCAGGUCCUGGGGAAGGAGAAUCCCUUCAACACCCAGAUUGAACAGGUGUUUGGAGACCAAGGGGGACACUGAGUCCCCCGGGGACAUGGGCUCCCAGAAACAGAAACUUGGGUAAACUCAUCCAGCGCAUAGUUCCAGGGCUGCUAUGUCACAGGCUCACAGGCCUCUCUCUAACAGCCCCUCUGCAGUGCUUUUCUCUCCUCUAGGAGCACAUCUGAAUGACAGUGUGACUCUCUGAGCUUCUGGGUUCAGUUUCCUGACCACUGAUCCUCAUACAAUCCUAUGUAAUAAAGAGGUGAUAUGCAAAUUGA